CCUCACAAGAACCCUCCCAAAGGCUUCUCCCUCUCUGUGCCGCCAAAAAGCCUGUUCUGUUCUUCUCAUUUGCCCUAACUCUCUCACUCCUCCGCUCUUUCUUCUUUCUCUUCACCAUCCUCAUGGCUGCCUCUGAGGCCGUGACAGAGUCGGUGGAGGCAGUCCGGUUCAGUUUCUUGACGGACGAGGAGGUUCGCAAGCACAGCGUUGUGAAGAUAACGAACCCGGUUUUGCUCGACAGCGUCGAACGACCCGUCCCGGGCGGGCUCUACGAUCCCGCAUUAGGUUCUUUGGAUGAAAGAACACCAUGCAAAUCAUGCGGGCAGCGUCAACUUAACUGCCCUGGACAUUGUGGGCAUAUUGACCUCGUUUCUCCAAUCUAUAAUCCCUUGCUGUUCAAUAUCCUUUACAGCAUUCUAAAAAGAACUUGUUUCUCUUGUUACCACUUUAGGCGUAAUCCCGUUGAGGUCAAGAAAUGUGUUUCUCAACUGGAACUUAUCUUGAAAGGUGAUGUUGCUCGGGCGAAAGAUUUAAAUUCUCGCCCUUCCAGUGAAUCCUCGCAUCUAAAGGACUACGGUUAUCGUGGGAGCAAGGAUCGCAGUGCCAAGCCUUCAACGCAACCAAAGCUUACCUCGCUUCAGUUAAGUGAAGCAAUGUCCGUUUUGAAUAAUUUUUUAAAGCCGAACCAUACAAAGUGCAGAAAUUGCGAAGCACACCGUCUUACUAUUACGCAACCUGUUUUUGGGUGGUUAAAUAUGGAGCGUAUAUCAGGUGCCAGAGCUAGAGCAAAUGUUAUUAGAAACUCCAAGUUAGAAGGGCCUUUCUCUGAUGGGGAAUCAUUGCCCGAGGAAGAAAUUAUUAACGAUGUAACUUCUCCGGAUAGUGAUGCUGAUACUGACACUCCAGCUACUUCUACAAAGAGUCAUAGAAGUAAAGGGGGCAAGGUCCCUCGUGAGUACUUAAAGCAGACAGAAACCUUUUCUGGAGGACCUAUGUUGCCAUCCGAUGUUAAAGAAAUGAUUAGACUCUUGUGGGAAAAUGAGAUUGAACUCUGUACGUACAUUACCGAUAUCCAGCAUCAGGGAAUUGGAAACAAAGCAGAUCACUCAAUGUUUUUCUUAGAGACUAUUCUUGUACCUCCAAUCAAAUUCCGCCCCCCAUCCAAGGGUGGUGAUUCUGUGAUGGAACACCCUCAUACUGUUUUGUUAAAUAAGGUGCUCCAGGCCAAUAUUGAAUUAGGAAAUGCUCAUGUUAAUAAGCUGGAAUAUACAAAGAUAGUACGCAGGUGGAUGGAUCUUCAGCAGUCUGUAAAUGUGAUGUUUGAUAGCAAAACAUCUACAGGUCAAAGGAAUGUUGCACCAGGAAUAUGUCAGUUGUUGGAAAAAAAGGAGGGCAUUUUCCGCCAGAAAAUGAUGGGGAAGAGGGUUAAUUUUGCAUGCCGGUCAGUGAUAUCACCAGAUCCCUAUUUGGCUGUCAAUGAAAUUGGAAUUCCUCCCUACUUUGCAUUGAGAUUAACGUAUCCUGAGAGAGUUACCCCAUGGAACGUUGUGAAGCUAAGGGAUGCAAUCAUCAAUGGUCCUGAAACCCAUCCUGGAGCUACACACUAUGUCGACAAGUUAUCUACUGUGAAAUUGCCUUUGAACAGAAAAGCACGUAUCUCAGCAUCCAGAAAAUUGCCUUCAUCUAGAGGAGUUGUCAUGCAGAAUGGAAAGACGUAUGAUUAUGAAUCUGAAGGGAAAAUAGUACACCGUCACUUGCAAGAUGGUGAUAUUGUUCUUGUCAAUCGACAGCCUACACUUCACAAGCCCAGUAUAAUGGCACAUGUUGUUCGUGUGUUGAAGGGAGAGAAAACAAUUCGUAUGCACUAUGCAAACUGCAGUACAUAUAAUGCUGAUUUCGAUGGUGAUGAAAUGAAUGUGCAUCUUCCGCAAGAUGAAAUUUCUCGUGCAGAAGGAUACAACAUUUUAAAUGCAAAUAAUCAAUAUGUCAAGCCUACUAGCGGUGAACCUAUUAGAGCCUUGAUCCAGGAUCAUAUUAUCAGUGCCGUCCUCCUUACAAAGAAGGAUACCUUUUUACGUUGGGAUGAGUUCAACCAUCUUCUUUAUAGCACCGGUCUUUCAAAUUCAGGCUCAGGUGCUUCUUCCAGAAAAUUCGGGAAUAAAGUUUUUGUUUCAGAUUUUGAAGCUGAGCUUAAAUCCCUUCUUCCUGCGAUUUGGAAACCAGAGCCUCUUUGGACAGGGAAACAGGUCAUUACUGCGUUACUAAAUUACAUCACAAGGGGUUUCCAAGCAUUUACUGUUGAAAAAGGUGGGAAGAUCCCUCGUGAUUUUUUCAGAAGUAGAACAGUUGAAGAUGAAUCAAGCAGAAAAAACGCUCAUAAAGACGAUCAAGAUGAAGAGGAGAAACCGAGUAGAAGAAAAGCUGAUCAUAUUGAAUCAAAGAGAAAGAAGGAACCAAUUACAGGAAGAAAAAUUGAUAAAAAUGAACUGAAGAUGAAGGAAGAGCUGGACGACAAGUUAUUUAUCUAUAGAAACAAUUUUGUUCGUGGUGUUAUUGACAAGGCUCAAUUUGGUGACUAUGGUUUGAUCCACACAGUGCACGAACUCUAUGGGUCAAAUACGGCUGGUCUUUUGCUUUCAUCAUUGAGUCGGUUAUUUACUGUUUUUUUACAGAUGCAUGGGUUCACAUGUGGAGUCGACGAUCUUUUGAUAGUGAAAAGUAAAGACAAAGAAAGGGGGAGAGUACUUGAAAAAUGUGAAGAUAUUGGCGAAGAAGUGCACCGUGAGUUUGUUGGGGUCAAAGAUGAUGAAAAUAUAGACCCCUUCACCUUACAACUCAAAAUUGAAAAAACUGUUCGAAUCAAUGGAGAAGCUGCCUUGGCAUCUCUGGAUCGGAAAAUGAUUAGUCAGGUUAAUGAUAUAACAAGCAAGUCCGAGGAACUUAAAGGACUGUUGUCUAAAGCGUUACUUAAACCCCCCAUCAAGAAUUGUAUCUCUCUUAUGACGACAUCUGGGGCUAAAGGUGGCGCGGUCAAUUUCCAACAAAUAUCUUCACAUUUAGGCCAACAGGAGCUAGAAGGAAAGCGAGUUCCUCGAAUGGCUUCUGGGAAAACGUUACCUUGCUUCCCUGCGUGGGACUGGAGAGCUCGUGCUGGAGGCCUUGUAAUAGAUUGCUUUCUUUCUGGUCUUCGCCCUCAGGAAUUUUACUUCCAUUGCAUGGCUGGUCGUGAAGGGUUGGUAGAUACAGCCGUAAAAACAUCUCGCAGUGGAUAUCUGCAAAGAUGCCUAAUAAAAAAUCUCGAAUGUCUAAAAGUGAGCUAUGACCAUACAGUCCGUGAUGCUGAUGGUUCCAUCGUUCAGUUUUGUUAUGGUGAAGAUGGUGUUGAUGUUCAUCAAACAAGCUUUCUAGCAAAUUUUGAAGCACUGGCAGCGAAUAAACAAAUGAUCUACAAGAAAUGCUGCCGCGGAAUUGAUAAAUCAAGUCCUUACAUCAAGGAUUUGCCAUCUGCUCUUGAAAAGAAAGCUAUGAAAUUUGUAAAUAAGUUAUCUGCAGAGAAAAAUCUUAACGAUUCAAGCCAAGGCGAUUUCUUGAAGUUGAUGGAGCACAAAUAUCUCUCAAGUCUUGCUCAACCAGGAGAGCCGGUUGGUGUUCUUGCUGCUCAGUCCGUAGGAGAACCAUCAACACAGAUGACGCUAAAUACUUUUCAUCUUGCUGGUCGAGGUGAGAUGAAUGUGACCCUUGGAAUUCCACGUCUCCAAGAGAUCCUGAUGACAGCUGCAAUUGAUAUUAAGACUCCAGUUAUGACAUGUCCACUUCAAGAGGGCAGAUCAGUGGAAGAAGCCAAGCGUCUUGCUUUUAAGUUGAAGAAAGUCACUGUGGCAGACAUUAUAGAAACUAUGAAAGUUACUGUGGAGCCAUUUUCUCUUCAAAAUAAUCAGAUCUGCCGUAUUUAUAAGCUUGAAAUGAAGCUUUACAGACCUGAUCAUUAUCAAGAGUAUGCUGGUAUUUCAUCAGAAGACUGUGAGGAAAUUCUUAGUGUUGACUUUCUCAGGGCGUUGGAGGAUGCAAUAAAAAAUCAUCUGAAUUUGCUUGACAAAAUUAACGGAAUACAAAAUUUCACAGCGGACUCUCAGUCCGUGGCUGCAAGUGAUGGGGAUGAAGAUUUUUCUUCAAGUAAAGCUGAACGUGAUGAAGAGGACGAUGAUGGCGGUGAUGGUGACAAUGAAGGGCAAGAAGAUCUCGGUUUAGACGCAGUAAAACAAAAACGGCAAGCUACAGAUGAGAUGGAUUAUGAUGAUGACUAUGACGAGAGAGUUAAUGAAGAGGCAACAAGAGCUGGAUCUGAGAGUGAAGAUGAUAAUGAUGAGGAUGAAGUCGAGUUUAGGAAGGAUAAUGAGGUUGAGAUGCUGGAUGCUAAAGGUGGACACCUAGAAAGUCCAUCAAAAGCUGAAGGCUUCUCCACGUCAGAGUCACUAAAAACAAAGACCAAAUCAAGAGCCAAAGGCAAAAAGAAGAUCCGAAGACAAUUUAAUAGAAAGGAUGAUGAUCGGUCAAUAUUUGUGGAGGCUAAGGGAUUUUACUUCAAGGUCCAUUUCAGAUUUUCUAAUGAGGCUCAUAUUCUGCUGGCCCAGAUUGCUCAGAAUACAGCCACAAGGGUUUACAUCCAAAGCUCCGGUAAGGUUGAUAACUGUCAACAAAUUACUUGCAAAGAAAAUCAAGUUAUUUACUAUGGGAAAGACCCCAAAAGUAGGGAUGAUAUUCCACUCGAAGAAAAAGAAAAUAUUCCAGCAUUGCAGACUUCUGGGGUGGAUUUUAUGACGUUUUGGAAAUUGCAAGACAUUCUUGAUGUCAGGUAUAUAUAUUCCAACGACAUCCAUGCCAUGCUUAAUACAUAUGGAGUAGAAGCUGCCAGAGAAACCAUCAUUAGGGAGAUAACUAAUGUCUUCAAGUCCUAUGGAAUAUCUGUCAAUAUUCGGCACUUGACCCUUAUUGCUGACUUUAUGACCCACACUGGUGGAUAUCGGUCAAUGAGCAGGCAUGGUGGCAUAGCGGACUCGAUCUCCCCUUUUAGUAAAAUGUGUUUUGAGACGGCUUCCAAGUUCAUAGUUGAAGCCGCCUAUCAUCGUGAAAUGGAUGACUUGGAAACUCCGUCUGCUAGAAUUUGUCUUGGACUGCCGGUGAAGGUUGGUACAGGGUGUUUUGAUUUGAUGCAGAAGUUAGAAAUUUGAUGCAAAGGCUGUAACUUGCAAUUUAAGGGACUCUCUACCAAGUCCACCUCUUAUCUGUCUGUAUUCUAUUUGAAAAAUUUUGCCUCGUAAAAUUUACAGGAUUUUUAAAAAGUCUGCUAUUUAUUGUUGCGGGAAUUAUACCUAAUAUUGUUUUUUAGGUCAAAUUCUGUUCGGACAUGAAAAGUAUGAAGGAACAGUCUAUUUUUGACGUUCUAACGGGGGGAAAAAAGAGUCUCUUUUGGAGGGGUUCUCUCUAUUUGUUAUGAAGUUUGA